CCUACAAUUUCUGCUCUAUCCACAUUUCUGUCCACUCUGCUAGAUUGAAGGAGUCUAGCUGGGAGCUGGCUGGAGAUAGACUGAGGUCGUUGGCUUUUAGGUGAUUAGAGGAAAGCCGUCAGCUUUCUUCCUCUCCCUAAGUGAAGCAGAGCACACUUCAAAUUUCCGGAGACUCGUAAAGCUAGACAAGCUGGCGAGCCAAAGCAGUAGCAGUAAGAUGGCCACGAAGGUGGAACCCCCGGUGGGUACUUGCCCACCGGGGAAGCACCAGUUCAUGCUGUGGCGAACGCUGUUUGAGAUAGACGCUAAGUACACUCCGAUCAAGCCCAUUGGCAAGGGAGCUUACGGCGUUGUGUGCUCAGCGAGAAACGCUGAUACAGGGGAGAAGGUGGCCAUCAAGAAAAUCAGCAAUGCAUUCGAGAAUGCGACUGAUGCUCGUCGUACUCUCCGUGAGAUCAGGCUUCUUCGGCAUCUGUACCAUGAGAACAUCAUUGCAGUGAAGGACAUUAUGCCUCCUCCUGACAGGUUCACAUUCAAUGACGUGUACGUGGUGUAUGAGCUCAUGGACACGGACCUUCACCAGAUCAUCCGGUCAUCCCAGGCUCUGACAGACGACCACUGCCAAUACUUUAUCUAUCAGCUUCUUCGCGGCCUCAAGUAUGUCCACACGGCCAAUGUGCUGCAUCGAGAUCUCAAGCCCAGCAACCUUCUUCUCAAUGCAAGUUGCGACCUCAAGAUCUGCGAUUUCGGUCUCGCUCGUACGGGAAGCGAAAAGGGUUUCAUGACAGAGUACGUCGUGACUCGGUGGUACCGUGCUCCGGAGCUGUUGCUUUCCUGCGACGAGUACACCUUCGCCAUUGACAUGUGGUCCGUCGGCUGCAUUUUCGCGGAGCUGCUGGGACGGAAGCCGCUCUUCCCUGGAAAGGAUUACAUCCAUCAGCUGAAGCUGAUCAUCAACCUCAUUGGUUCGCCUGACGAAGACGACCUUCAUUUCAUCUCCAGCCAAAAAGCUCGCAGCUACAUCCGCUCUCUGCCUUACACUCCGAGAGUUUCGCUCUCUCGCCUCUACCCCAGGGCCAACCCUCUGGCCAUCAACCUGAUUGAGCGGAUGCUCGUGUUUGACCCGAACAAGCGUAUUACCGUGGAGGAGGCUCUGGAGCAUCCGUAUCUGUCCAUGCUUCAUGAUCCUGCUGUGGAGCCGUCUGCUCCGGCGCCGUUUGAGUUCGAUUUCGAGGAUGAGGACCUGAAGGAGGCGGCGUUGCGUGAAAAGGUAUGGCAAGAGAUGCUGUACUACCAUCCAGAGGUGGUCAGCAACAGCUAGAUUCAGAAUUGGAAUCAGGAACUAAUCAUGAGGGUAUAUUUUGGCUUAAAGCAGUACACAAUAGAGGGUGGAAAGAGGGACCAGGUUGGCUGGAGGUUCGGGGGGAGGGGUUUGGGUGAAAGUGCAAGAAGGCUGAGGGAUUGGGGCGAGGUCAGUUGCAAUGCCGAAGUGAUGCAUUCUUAGUCCGAAUGCAGACGUGGGGCAUGUCCUCAUCCUGAUGUGGGUCAUGCGGGGCCAGCUUGAGUGGAAAGUGUGGUGGCAAUGUUGGGAUGCAUGGCUGAUUGAGGGGGUAUGGCAUUCCAAGUCGUGGCUUGGAAAAGCUGUGUAGAGUUCGGAUGGAGAUGGGGACGGCGAUCUUAUGUGAAGGGGAUGGAGGUCGCCCUUUGGCAGCAUGGCUUGGACACGAUCGGCAGAGCAGAGUUCAGCUGGAAGGCCAGAGCAGGGUUCGCUGGACUCAGGUUGUGUGUCCUUGUGGUAUAUGGGGAAGGUUCUUUUAUGCCAUCUUCUUUCUGCCAGUUGUAGUUCUUAUCAGUGGUUCCAGGGAUGACUAUUUUUAGCAUCAGAAUUGGCUUACUGGGUUCAUGCCAAUUCAUGAGUGCCAUCUCUAUAUCUUUAAGUACGUAGUCUUACCCAUUGAUUUUGCCUUUUUAUGUGGACCUGCUGGGAAGAGAACAGCCUAUGCUAUGAAAUGGCAUGUUAGUACUAAACAUGAAGUGCGUAU